AUACUGCAAAAAAAGAAAAUUCAAUUUGAAAAUAAACCUCCAAACGAGAAAAAGAAAAAGAAAGAGAGAAUGAAAGUUCACGUUUUCAAUUUUUAUCUCCACAAUCUCCGUUCCAGGUUCCAGCGUCAGAAUCGUUUUCGAUUUCUCCCAUUUUUCAAACCUUGGUAGUCGGAUUAUUGUUAUUCCGGCUAUUUUUUGUCGGGCGUGGCGGCGGUACCCGGCGACAUAGUAGUUCUGAUCGUUUUUUUUGUUUGUUCUUUUCUGCUUUUGGUUAUGUAAUUGGAAUCGAUUCUAUUGCUAAUUCAAAUUUCCGAUUCUGUUUUUCCAAUUCCAUAAAUUGCAUACCUUUAAUUUAAUGUUGAAAGAUUUGUUUAUGGACCAAAGCGAGACGAUUUCCGAUUUCCCACCCAAGAAAUUGGCGAGGCAAUUGGAUUUCACGACGGCCUGUCGCCCGUUGGCGAAUGUGGUGGUUCAGGAGAAGCUGGAGCCUCUGUUGUUGGUACAGUCACAGCCACCUCAGACCCAAUCACAGCCCUCUUCGGCAUCAUCAUCAUCACCAGCACAAUUGCAUAUGCAGUUGCAGUUAAAGUCACAGGGACAGACGGUGCCGUCACCGCCGCAAGCCCAGUCGCAGAGAGAAGCUCAAUCGCCGUUGCAUGCCCGGCCCAAUCAGGCGUCGACGUCGCAUCAUAGAAUUCCUCACCUGCUUAACAAGCUGCCAUUACAUACCACGUCUCCGUCUGUUAAACAAGAGUCUCCUAAGUCACGCCCUUGGAUUGAAGCAAAAGAUGGAACUCCAAAGAAACAAAAGCAAUGCAAAUGUAAAAACUCUAAAUGCCUGAAAAUGUACUGUGAAUGCUUUGCUGCUGGAAUUUAUUGUGAUGGCUGCAACUGUGUUAAUUGCCAUAAUAAUAUGGACAAUGAUGCCGCUAGAAAGGAAGCAAUAGGAUCAGUUUUAGAGCGCAAUCCAAAUGCAUUCAAACCAAAGAUUUACAGUAGUCCACGUGAAUCUAAGGAUGGCAAGGAAGAAGUAGGGGACAACCAACCUGCUGGAAAACACAACAAAGGAUGUAACUGCCGGAAAUCAGGGUGUCUCAAGAAGUACUGCGAGUGUUUCCAAGCCAAUAUUCUUUGCUCUGAAAACUGUAAAUGCUCAGAUUGCAAGAAUUUUGAUGGAAGUGAAGAAAGAAGAGCAUUGUUUCAUGAAAACCAUUCUGCAGUCUACAGGCAACAAGCAGCUAAUGCAGCAAUUAAUGGGGCCAUUGGGUCCUCCGGUUAUGGGACCCCUCUAAUAUCCAGAAAAAGAAAAGGCGACGAACUGUUUUUUGGUGUCAUAGGCAAAGAUCAAUCCAUUCACAUGAAUGGAAGAGGUCAACUGGCAAAUCAUCCUACAACUUCUGUACCCUCUUCUGUUGCACCUGUCCCUGUUCGUCGCAAUACAUCAGGAUCUUCAAAGUUGGCAUACAGAUCUCCGUUAGCGGAUGUCCUCCAAGAACAGGAUGUGAAGGAUCUCUGCACACUUUUGGUUGUGGCUUCAGGAGAAGCUGCAAGGACCUUUGCAGAAAAUAGACCAACUGAAAGCGGAAGUAAAACUUUAAUUGCUUCAUCCACUCUAAGGAGCGAAGAUUGUAGAGAAGAGAAUGAUGUUCAACCUGCUGGCCAUGAACACUUAUUGGAAGGGAAGCAAGCAGAUAAAGAUGUAACAAGUGAUUUUAGAUCAGAUAACUGUGAUAUGCAAAAUGAUGAACCAAUGUCCCCUGGAACACUAGCUUUGAUGUGUGAUGAAAAGGACACAAUGUUCAUGGCAGCUGGAUUGCCUAAUGGAGAGACAACACAGUGUGUAAACAUGAUUCGGAAAUCAUCUAGUGACAACCAAUGCACAGAGCUAUAUGCAGAGCAGGAGAGCCGUAUUUUGACAGGGUUUUGUAGUUUUCUUAGCCGUCUCAUUACUCGUGGGAGCAUGAAAGAAUUAAUGUGUUGUCCAUUAGAACCUGUUGGAGGUAUCUCUUCUAAAGCUGAGACUGAAACAGUGCCACAAGAAAACUUAUGGCAAUAACAUAAUGAGAUCAUCUCCUGUGUAGCAACUGCCCAAAAGUUCAACCUGCUCCAACAGUCACUUUUUUUUUUGCGAUGGUGAUUAUCUUUAAAUGUAGGACUCUCCCCGCCAGAAAUGGGUUGCAAGAUGCUAAAAUGUGAGAGUGGUAGCUUGAGAUGAAAAUUAUUUUGAUUAUCACUCAUCCUUUGACGUUUGGCUAUUUAUGUCCUCUACUCUUCCUGAUAGAGUUAGAUGUUAGGUUUAAAAUUUACAUCUCACUAGCAGAAAUUUUUGUUGAUUGAGAAACUAAUUGUCGUAGAAUCCUUUCUCAUCUUUAGCAUCUAUUCUAUAUUAAUACAAUUUGUCUUGUGUUUCUUGUGGAUGUAAUAUGUAUGAAGUUUUGCUCCUUAAACAAUUACUCUAUAGUAGUAAUACCCUUAGUUUGACGUUUCA